CCGAGCGAGUUACGGGGAGGAUAUGAAGGGGUCUUUUUUUUUUUUUGCAAGUCACGUUCAAGUCUUUCGUAUUGUUGGUGUCCAUGGCGACUACUUGAACUUGCACAAGACCAUUCGCCUCAAGAUAUGCCAUGCCCGAAGCCUUGCCCGAAGAAUGUCUCUGGUUGAUCGUCUCAUAUCUGCGCCAUGAACGAGCCACAUUGCAUGCCCUGCUCCUCACCAACUCAACCCUCUUCCGCAUUGCCGUCUCGUAUCUCUAUGCCAGUCCCUUCCGCCUGCUCCACGAGGAGCCAAGCUGCCACUGGUCAGUCGUCGAGCGCACAAGGAGAUACGACAGUUUGGUACAUCUACUCAUCCACUCUUCGCGAUUGCAUCCGGAUACUCGCUACAGCAACAAAAGCGACAACGGCAACAACGGCAACAACGGCGACAACAUUGUCUCCAGACUGCCUCGUUAUGGACCCGAAGUCCCAGCGUUGCCCACACCUUCGACUGUCGACUAUCUGUCGUACUAUACCGACAUGUUCCACGACCCCAUGCUGCACGAAACUUUCAUGACUCUCUUCCCUUCCAUCCCCAAUUGCUAUAUGGCGAACGUGAUCUGGUAUCGGCCCAUGGUCGAGACCCGCAACAAGAUUGACCUCGCUAUGAUGGAUAGACUCUCGCCCCAGUUAACCUCCUUAGUGGUCAAUAUGCCGAUCCUAGUACCUCGGAUUAAACUAGCUUGGAUGUCCAACCUGCACAGACUCGAGGUUCUUGGAACAGACUUUUGUCUACUCAAUGAGGAGGAUCUGGAACUGGAGAGAACCAUGCACACCAAUCGCGCCGCAAGAUCUGCCAAUGGAUACGCCAUGACUCCACUCGAUCGGAUGCUGACAUUUAUCUGGGACCAUCAGCGAUUAUUCGGGACACUGCGCGAGCUGAAGAUCGAACAGAGGCCGGUUGCAUUUGAGAGGCAACCAUCCAGUCGACUUGUUGAGCUCGUGGAGGCGAUGGGCGAUCGACUUGAAGUUCUGGAUGUCCAAUAUUGGCCAGAUGCAGUACGUUUUCUGGAUCGGUUCCCUACACACCGGAUUAAAUCUCUGCUGCUGCACCAGAACAAGGAUCCCGGCCUGAGGCUAGAGCUGAGCGGAAACAUGUCGACGCUCCUGACACAGUAUUCGAGGCUUGAGGAGAUUAGUUUAUAUACUGGAGAAAAGGAUCUCUUCAAGGCAUGGAGACCAGAAUACGGAAUUGGUGGAACGUAUGUGGCAUCGUCGCCGUCAAUAAUGGCCACGACCUUUUAUCGUCCAACGACCGAUUACGUGGAUUCUAACGGGAUCGGCAACCGACACUGGGAAAGAGCCAGGAUGAGAAGGAUUAGCCUUGCAGGCCUGGGACAGAAUGUGAUCGCGGCUGUCAACGAAGCGGUGGAUUUGUUUGCCUCCACCCUAGAGGUUCUUACGGUUCGAUCAUGGUUCGGAGGGAAGCUGUCGACAAUUCCAAUAUCGUGGUCGGGGUCCAUUCUUAGACGGCUAACCGAUCUGGAUCUGGAAGGCGAGGUGGCAUGGACGUUUGAUUUUGCAUCACUGCUUGGUUGCCCUCGCUUGUGCCGAAUCCGAUUGGGGUUUACAGGCCCUAUGCCGGGUCGAUCCUUGAAGAAGCAGCCCGCCAUCCAAAAUCUGACGCGCAUUACGACUUUACAGGACGUUGAGUUGGUGGGCAAUUGGGAGACGCUUGCCAACAGAGGCUGGCCUGCGGUCAUUGCGAGGCUUCAUCAUUUGGAACGCCUGGAUUUGAAUGCGUGCGAGGGAAUAUCGGCGGAUCAGGUGUUCAGUCUCGUGCGGGAUAUCAUUGAGCAGAGUGCACAGUGGCGGCUGGGCGAAGACGAAGCGACAAGCAGCAGGGCAUUAGACGGACAGCAGACGGGCCCGCGACCCCUUAUGACGCAGGAAUACCUGUAUUGCUACUGUCGGCUGCGCUGGAUGAUUGUGAGCAAGCGACUGAAGGACAAGGUCCUGCAGCUGUGGGAUGAAUGGAGGACAUCGCAGGGAAUGGCCAAAGCAACGCCAUUUGUGCGCGCCUCUGCAGAGCGGGUUCGAUUCAGCUUCGCACCCGCAGGGCGUCCAACGCGGUAGACUCGAAGGAUAAUGUAGG